AGUAAUUACUGUAAAUUGACAUGUUGAGAUGUUUCUGUUGUUGACAACUUGUAUUGUGAAACGCCCUUGUGGAUAUUCAGAGCUUAUUGAUUUUGGAAAAUUGCAGCAAAUGUUCUCUUCUGCUCGUUUGCAGGUCGAUGUCCAGCUAUCGCCUCAAGCAUCGAGUGAUACUGGAGGACAUCUGGCUUCACAAUUUCCAAGAUGAGGCAGAGGAUGAUGAGGGGACAGAGGAGGAUGCGGAUCUCGGCGUGACCCUUGCCUUAGCCUGGGCCCUUACUUUUUGUCUAGUGUCUUUUUGUUCUCCUGAUGUGAAGGCAGACUGGUGUGAUACCCUCCACAGUAAAAUCCAAGCGGCAAGAGCCAGGGCUGGUUGUGCCUCCUCAUGUCCGGACAUCCUCAUGAAGGUGUUAGGUGGCAUCACUGCAACUAAAACUCUCAUUGGAGGUGGCAUGGAGCAGUUUGAAAACUUUGAUGGAGAUGUAAAUAGUUCGUCCCAAUUGCUGAAUAACCAAGAGGACAAGCUGAUGCAGACGCUUGAAACGAAAUGGAACUUAGUGAGGAAGCUGAGGAAGGGCUCCAGUUUCAUCAGCAGAGCAGCUCAAGCGGACGCCAAGACUCAGCUUUUUGGACGGCCCCUCUGCAAAGUGUGCCCAGAUGACAACUCUCUCCCUAAACCCAUCACAGAGAUACUGGUGUUGCUGAGGAAAAGGGGGCCGUCCACAGAGGGAGUGUUUCGGAAGCCGUGCAACAACAAGAACAUGAGGGAGCUCAGAGAAAGGCUCAACAACGGCCUGGAAGUGGACAUGAAGGCACAACCUGUUGCUCUGCUGGUCGGGCUGCUCAAAAGUUUUUUAAAAGAACUUCCCAGGAGCCUGCUGGUGUGUAACCUUUACAAAGAUUGGAUGACUGCUCUGGAGAUGGAAGAUAGCCAGCAGAGAGAACACGAGCUCAGAAGUGUGGGAGACAAACUCCCCAGGCCCAACAAACUCCUCCUGCAGCACCUCGUCUGCGUCCUCCAUCACAUCCUUGACAAUGUUGAGCACAACAAGAUGGACGCCUACAACCUGGCGGUGUGCAUCGCGCCGACCUUGCUGCAGAUGGAGGUCAUCCCGCUAGAUGAUCAGAAGGAGACGAUGAAAAAGGUCACAAAGCUCACUCAGUUCCUGAUUGAACAUUGUGAGAUCCUCGGAGAUAAUAUCCCGCACCUCCUGGAUACUGAUGAAGACUCGGUAUCCUCCCAGCACCAUGACUCGGCGUACGACAGUACCGAUCCGGACGGAGACGGUGAGGUCGGGAGAAGCGGAUCGUCCCCCUCCCUCAGCCUCAGCGUCACAAUUUCAACAUGCUCAUCCGACGUCGUCUUCAAUUCCAAGCCUGCCGUGACCCGUCGCUGCUCCGAGCCCAUCAUCCUUCCCUUUGUGGACGAGGUGAACCUCUGUGGCCAUUCCCGGAGUCACGAUGACUGCUCUGUUGAGAACUUUGUGGAGCAGUCUUUGAAAAAGCAGAUCUCUGAGGGUUCCUUCUGGCAGCGACCUGGGUCGUCUUUGUCAAAACUGAGCAGCUGCUCCAACUUAGACCGGUUUAGCUACAUAGGGAAUCAAAGGAUGGGUUGCUCGAGCUCUUCCCUGGAGAGCGCUGCCUCCCACCAAUCCGAGGGCUCGGUAUUCACCAGCUCCCCAGCGGGCUCGCCCCCAUGCUCAAGGAGAACAAACCACAGCGAGGUGGCACCUCCUAGGCUUCAACAGGACUUAACCGGUUUGAAUUCAGAUGAGAUGAAGCGUUCAAGCUCAUUGAGAGCCGCCUGUAAGGUCCUGCUGCGCACAAGGAGCUUAGGCUUUGGCAGGCACAGUCUGAAGAAGGAACGCCACAAUGACAAGGUUUGUGAACCACUUCAAGAGGACUCUCAAAGUGAAGCGCUCUCUCCGGCCCAGCCCAAGCGCCGACCGCUGUCAGCCAUUGAGGUUUUCAGGCAGGUAGACAGUAGGCUGCCCUGCAGGCCGCCCCCGUACGAGCAGGCGGUGCACAGCGUGCCUCUUGCACCGGAGUACGCUUCCAUGACUGUGUAUGACGCCAUUGCUCUGGAGCGGAGGUCCUGCCCAUCUUUUGAGAAUUAUUCCUUCCAACAGAGGUACCUUGACCUCCAUUACACGCAAGAGGCGCUAGAUAGUGUUGAGCACAAGCCGGUCUUCCGACAGAGGGCCAUGUCCGAGUCAGUGUCUGGUCGACACGAGGCCGUGUCACAGAGCCAAUCUGUGUUUGAGGAAUUUCCAUAUGCUAAAGAGUCCUACGUUUGAGCAACCAUCAAACGGACACACAGAAAUGACUUCUUACGCAUUUCUCCAAGGCACAAAACCUGUGGUUCCAGGGUCAUUUGUCCUGCUUUUGUCCGGAAUUGGAUUGCCUCCUGAUAAUUGGGCCUUAGCAGGACAUGGCGCCCCAAUUGCUCUCCUACGGUCAUUCAUUUUGUACUAUGACAUAACUCGACAACCUCAUGACCAAGGGACUGUGUUUCCAGGCUCCAGUUUUUCAAAAGGAACAUUUCAUUAUUUCUAUCUCCGGUGACACUCAGCUGGAGAAUUGCAUGCACUAUGCAAGACGUUUAUUUUGAAUUUCAGCUAUGUUCUACUGGUAUAUGAAUACCACAUGUAUAAAUGUACAUGCCAUACCUGAGUAGUACUAUUAUAAAAUACAACUUUAUUUGUAGAUAUUUAGUACUUUUAGCUAAAAUGAAGCUAUGAAAGAAUGUCUUUUUGUUUUGGCUGUAAUAUUUAGUGUCGCAUGUGCAAAAGUCUUUGGCCACCACAAAUAGUGUGUUAACAUUGUCCAUCUUCUUGCCAGCCAUACACAAAAGUGAA